CACGGAACUGAUUGCGGAUUUCCUUGCCAGUCCAUGGCAGACCAAAAUGUCCACAUUGAUGUGGGCCCUCCAAGGGAACCUGUAGCAGGUGUAGGCUUCCCUGCUCCUCCCCCACCCAUCUACGCCUGCACUCUGACCCCUGAACUGGUGGCCAAGGCCCGGGAAGAACUCCAGGAGAAGCCAGAAUGGAGGCUUCGGGAUGUCCAGACAUUACGAGAUAUGAUACUCAAAGACCACCCUAAUCUGAGGACGCGGUUAGACGAUGCAUUUCUCCUGUGCUUCCUCAGGGCCAGAAAGUUUGAUUAUGACCGGGCCCUUCAACUGCUUCUGAAUUAUCAUGCCAGCCGGAAGGCAUGGCCUGAGUUUUUCCAGGACCUGAAGCCCUCCACAGUGAAGCAUGUGCUGGAACUGGGUUUUCUCACUGUCCUGCCCAGACCAGACCCACAUGGACGCUACAUACUGUGUUUACGGCCAGGUAAAUGGAAGCCUAAUGAUUUUCCAUUUGUGGACAACAUUCGGGCUGUUUAUUUAACAUUAGAGAAGUUGAUUCAGCCUGAGGAAACCCAAGUGAAUGGAAUUGUUAUCCUGGUGGAUUAUGCAGGAGUUGGCCUCUCUCAAGCUUCUAAUCCAGGGCCUCUUCUGGCAAAGAAAGUUGUUGGUAUCCUUCAGGAUGGAUUCCCAAUCAGAAUAAAGGCAGUAAACAUUAUAAAUGAGCCACGAAUCUUCAAGGGUAUUUUUGCAAUAAUUAAGCCCUUUCUGAAAGAGAAAAUGGCAGAGAGGUAUGUCCUGCAUGGAUCAGAUUUGGCCUCUCUCCACCAAGUCAUCCCUCUAUCUGUGCUGCCUAAAGAGUAUGGAGGUAUGGCUGGUAGACUUGAUAUGCCUGCCUGGUCCAGAACACUGCUGGAGGCUGAGGAGGAGUUUGUGGUGGAGUUCUGUCAGCCUGAUCCUCUAGAGGGCGUAAUUCUGCCAGACUCAAUGCUCUUCGAAGGAGAGCAGGCUGGGGCACAUGGAGAGGAAUCCUUCAGACAUCUACGAUCUCAGCUUUACUAUUGUUACUGA